AUGUUACUGUACACUUUUCUGGUGUCACAAUUUUUGGAUAUUAUUUGGAAUGUCGACAAUCCCGACGAUUUUACGGAGAAUUUUUACGCCACAUUGGCGUCAGUAGUUUCGUGCUCCAAAAUGCUUAGUCUUCUGAUGAAUCGCGAUAACAUCGACACAUUGACCAAUGUGCUUACUGAGAAACCUUACAAACCAUCGAAGGACGAAGAAAUGAAAAUACGAUACAAAUUCGAUAAACUUAUACAAAACAAUACCCUCUGCUACACGAUUCUGGUGGAAACUACAUGCGCGUGCAUCACUCUGUCGUCUUUAUUCACCGAGUUCAGGAAAGGAAAAUUGACAUAUAGGGCGUGGUUACCGUACGACUAUUAUUCGUCCACCUUCAUAUUUUGUAUCACGUACGCACACCAACUCAUUAGCCUUACAGCGGGGUCUCUUGUCAACGUGGCGUGUGACAGUCUCAUUUGCGGAUUGUUACUGCACAUUUGCUGCCAAAUGGAGAUCUUGGAACGCCGUUUAAGCGAAGUGUCGGACAAUCCGAACUUGAUUCUUCGUGACUGUGUACGUCAUCACGACAAUAUAUUUAAAUAUGCAUUACGAUUGAACAGCGAAUUCAGAAUGACUAUCGCCAUGCAAUUCGCAGUGAGUACGAUGGUGGUGUGCUCCAAUUUGUAUCAAAUGACUAAAACAACGUCGUUCAGCACGAUCCUUCCGUUACUAUUGUAUAUGUCCUGUAUGUUAACACAGAUUUUUAUCUAUUGUUGGUAUGGAAACGAAGUGAAGCUAAAGAGCGCCCAGUUACUCCAUAGCAUUUUCGCAAUAGAUUGGCUAGUACUAGACGGAAGUCACAAGAGAAGUCUGUUAUUAAUUAUGAAUCGCGCGUUAACGCCCAUAGAAUUCACCAGCGCUUACAUCCUUUCCAUGAAUCUCGACUCUUUCGUUGGGAUACUGAAGAUAUCGUACUCGGCUUAUAAUUUACUGAAACAAGUACAAGUGACGUGA